AUGGCCACCACCCAACCCAAUCUCUACAGCUUCUCCAGCACAGACGCUCUGGCCAAGGAAUUGCGGCCAUACGUCCUCCGCUGCCAGAACGCCGCACUUGCUCGUCACGACACUUUUCGCAUCGCGGUCUCGGGCGGUUCACUCCCGGCCGUUCUCGCCAAGGCCCUUCUGGCCGACAGCAAUGGCUCUGCCGAAGAUACACCGCAGUUCAGCAAAUGGCAGAUUUUCUUCGCCGACGAGCGUGCCGUGCCGCUGGAUGAUAAGGACAGCAACUACCUGCUUCUGAAGGAGGAGCUGCUGAAGAAGAUCCCGGCCGAACUCGGCGAGCCCACCGUCUACCCUAUCGACGAGAAGCACGUUCACGAUGGAAACACCCAAGAACUCGCCGACGUCUAUCAGGAGGCCCUGAUGCGCUCGUUCGCCGCCAAGGACAGCGUCAAGUUACCCAUCUUUGAUCUCAUCCUGCUGGGCUGCGGUCCCGAUGGUCACACCUGCAGUCUCUUCCCCGGCCACGACCUCCUCCGGGAGAAGGAUGCCUGGGUCGCCGCCGAGACCAACUCCCCCAAGCCGCCCCCCAAGCGUAUUACUCUCACCCUGCCCGUGGUGACUUCUGCGUCGCACAUUGCCUUCGUUGCCACUGGCGCGGGUAAGAAGGACAUUCUCAAGUCGAUCUUUGAUAGCGAGGAGGGCCGCACUCUUCCCUCUUCGUUGGUGAAUCACGGUGCUGGUGACAAGGUCAGCUGGUUCACUGACCACCCGGCCGUCGAGGGUGUUGCUUUCCCUCGUCGUGGGAACCUGUAA